ACUUGGCUGAUACAAGUAGCCGAGCAGCUUAGAUCCCCCUUCUUACCACAUAGUCGUCAGAGUAGACUACACCCACUUCACCUAGAAACACCCAGUCGGUCGAAUCCCACCCGAGCUUCAGCUUCAUCCUCGUUCGGACAAAGUAUUAAGUCUUGUAAACUCAUUUCAACUGUCAAUCAGGGUUUGCGGUAUUUGUGGAAAUGCAGACUAGGAAGAGGAUUUUGGACGGUGAGGAUGACCAACAGCAGGAGCGAAAACGGCCUGCUCUGGCUAGUGUCAUUGUGGAAGCGCUAAAGGUGGAUAGUCUUCAGAAACUCUGCUCAUCCUUGGAGCCAAUCCUUCGUAGAGUUGUUAGCGAAGAAGUUGAACGUGCUUUGGCAAAGCUUGGUCCUGCCAAACUCACUGGAAGGUUAAUUUCUGGCUAUAAUUUGAAAUUCUAGUUAUUUUUUAUGUCA